CUUCACAGACUGAGCCACUCAGGCACCCUACUUUUUUUUUUUUUUAAUGUUUAUUUUUGAGAGAGGAGCGGAGAGAAUGAGUGGAGCAGGGGCAGAGAGAAAGGGAGAGAGAAUCUGAAGCAGGAUCCACACUGUCAGCACAGACCCAGAUGUGGGGCUUGAACUCAUGAACUGUGAGAUCACGACCUGAGCUGAACUCACAAACCAUGCCAUCAUGACCUGAGCCAAAAUUAAGUCAGACGCUCAACCAACUGAGUCACCCAGGUGCCCCUGAACCUCAUUCUUUUUGUUUCAGGUCCUGUGUGUCCUGCUGUGCCACCCAGUUUUACAUCCUGACGGAUAACUCCGCAUAGACACGAAGGUACUAUGGCAGAGAGGAUAGAACGUCUGUGUGAAACUGGGAGAAACAUUUUAUCUCUUUAAAUUUACUCUAGAAUGCUGAGACAAAAUGGAAAUCACUACGUAUCCCAGCAGGCCUAGUGGACCGCAGGACAAACGCCAAUAAGGGAAUCCAGGCAUUAGGCCACUCCCCCUCCCUAGGUUGGCAAGGCAACUGAUCUCGAAGCCAGCCAAUCGCCAUGUUUCCUGAGAGACUGGGAGUUGCAGGUGCACUUCAGAAUCCAUGGACAAGGGAAGAAGAAUCUGCAUGGGGAUGGCUUGGCAAUCUGGUACACAAAGGAUCGGAUGCAGCCAGCGGGUAUUCCCUUACAUCUCAGCCAUGGUGAACAAUGGCUCCCUCAGCUACGAUCAUGAGCGGGAUGGGCGGCCUACAGAGCUGGGGGGCUGUACAGCCAUUGUCCGCAAUCUGCAUUAUGACACCUUCCUUGUGAUUCGCUAUGUCAAGAGGCAUCUGACGAUAAUGAUGGACAUCGAUGGCAAGCAUGAGUGGAGGGACUGCAUUGAGGUGCCAGGGGUUCGUCUGCCCCGGGGCUACUACUUUGGUACCUCCUCCAUCACUGGAGAUCUCUCGGAUAAUCAUGAUGUCAUUUCCCUGAAGUUGUUUGAGCUGACAGUGGAGAGAACCCCAGAAGAGGAGAAACUGCAUCGAGAUGUGUUCCUGCCCUCAGUGGACAACAUGAAGCUGCCUGAGGUGACCGCCCCAUUGCCGCCCCUGAGUGGCCUGGCCCUCUUCCUCAUCGUCUUCUUCUCGCUGGUGUUUUCCGUAUUUGCCAUUGUCAUUGGUAUCAUACUCUACAACAAAUGGCAGGAACAGAGCCGAAAGCGUUUCUACUGAGCCGUCCUGCUACUGCCGCCCCUGUGGCUGUCACUAUGAGGUGUGGGAGGAGCAGGCACUGGCCUGAGCAUAUAGCCUGGCAGGCCUUCUCUAGUCUCCAACAGCUGGUCAGGGACUCUGUUCUGUCACUGGAACUUUGAAUGCAGGGACACUGCAUUACCAUGGUAAUCCAUGGGGACAUCUGACUCUGGUUCAGGAAGCCCACCUACCCCAGGGCAGUGCUGCUGUGACGUGCCUUUCCCUGCAGUCCUUCCACUUGGGAGCUAAGAGGAUAGAGAGAAUUUAUGCGGUUAUGGUACUCAAAUCACAGAAAAGAAUUUCAUAGCUCAGGCUGCCUUGUUGUUGGACUCAGAGGAUCCUUGUACUUCAUUUUUAAAUCUGCAAAGAAUACAACACUGAUAACUUCCCAGACCUUCAGGCUUCCAUUCAUUGCUUUUCAUCUAAGCCUCUGUCCACUUGAGGAACUUUCGUUAGAAAUCUGGAUGGAAACUUCUCCCCUGCGUUGCCUUCUCCCUCCGUUCAUCACUCUCUCCAAAUGCAGCCUGAGCUGGAAGAGACAUCUGGAUGCCUGUCUUUUGGAGCCUGGGGCUGCAGAACAAACUGAGGUUUUGCUGACCCUCAUUAGGUGGCCAUGGGGAAAGGGCUUUUUGCUUUGGCUCACUGCUCUAGUGAUUGUUCUUUAGCGUGAAACUUGGCUCUCUUGGUUUGUGACUUUCCCAGUUGGUUUCUUUAGGCCCUCAGUCAGGUUUGACACACUUGGUGUGCAAGUCAAGAGAAACUUGGAAGACUUCAUGGAUGUAAUAGGAGUAACUGUGAAACUGCCCAGUUCCAUGUUUUGACACCAAAAGCAACAUUUGCUGUGUGGAGAUGUUUCUGGACUCUGGAGCCUGCAUGUUUUGUGUUUAUCAUGAUUUUUAGAAUCCCACUUUGAGUGUUCAAAAUGUAAGGAAGCUUUCUUUUUAUAGCCUCGGCUUGGAUACUCCCCAAAGAGGAAACUUGGCUUCUUCUUCUUAAUGGAUAAGAAACUGUUGCUGAACUCCUGUUGCAAAUCUGGGAGCAAUAGACCCUGGUCAUCUGUUCCUGGAAGAGUUCAUUGUCAUUAAGUGACAGAGGCUGAGUGUCAUCCACUGUGGGUCAAUCCUUGUUCCACUGCCUUAUCUGACAAGGGGUCAAGUGCUGCUCACCUGUAUGCCCUGUGGUUAAAUUGGCCAAUAGGCCAGUCUCCCUGGAGGGCCUGGAGCUCUGAGCCCUCCUAACCAUGUACUUCUGUAGCCUAAGGGAAAUUCUUAAAAUGGCUGAUGGAAAUCAAACAGUGUCCUUCCUUUGAGGGGUAGGUUUGGGGGAAGGUCUAGGCCUUCUUUUGAGCCCCAAGCCUGUCAACCCUUGCCCUGCCUUCUUUUGGGUUGGGAAAGCCCUCAGCUCAGUCCAGAAGGGAAGGAGGGCACCUUGGCUGCAUAUAAGUUUCUGUCGUGUUGGGCUUUUCUCUGUCCCUCCCAUGUGCGUAAGUGAGCAUCACAGGCCACAGUGCUCUCCUAUAGGUGGGAGUAAAAUGGGGUCCUCCUAAGACCUUCCCCACAAGAGCAGAGCAGCUCCAGGAUUGGGUGCCAGAGCACAAACUGUGACCUGGAGCUUGGCCUUAGGACCAGUUAGAACUGACAAAGCAAACAGCUCUUUUGUCUUUUUUGAGCUCAGGGGGAGAUUGGCUAGACCCCUGUGGUGGGAGGACCUAGGUGAGCUCUUGAGAUAGCCCAGGCAGUGGUGCGGGAGGAAGGGGUCUCAUCAUGGGGGAGGUAUGUGUGUGAGAUGAGUUUUUUAUGUUUCCCCGCUCAUGGGCUCCUUGAGGGUUUUUAAACAGGAUGGGGAAGACAUGAAAUGCAGUCCCCACCCAGCAUGGGGCCAGCCUUUGAGAUAUGUGUGAUGCAAGGAAACUGUCUAACCUAGCAUGGCAGGUCAUGCCCUAGCUCUUGCUUUUUGUUCUUAGAAAUAAAUAUUUCCCAUUGUGAAUGGGACCAAA